UCUGUUUUUUUCAAAGAUCAAAACACCUAUUUCUUUUUACAGACUCUGGUAUUAAGAAGGACACAAUUUAUUGGCUAUCACAACAAUACAAUUUGAGCCAUAAGAAUUGUGUGAGUAACCAUCAUGAAAUAAAUGCCGAGUUACACAAAAGGAUAACAGACACAAAAUCAAAUAAUUUUGAAUAUCAAAACAUAUCUUUCGCAUCGAUAACAAAAACAGAUUUGAUAAAAAUCGAAUUAAAAACACAGCAUACAAUUAUGAAAGAUCGUUUGGAAUCAAUACGCCAAAAAUGUUCACAUUACAUGCAGGAUAAAUACUGGCAGACAUUUCGCCAAAGUGGCGAUGUGUUAGCCUACGAGGAAGAGCAUAUCUAUUUUUGUAUUGUUCCAAAGACUGGGAAUACAUUCUGGAAACGUAUCAUGCGAUUUUUAGGAAAAGACUACCCAGAAAGACAGAAUAUUAACCGGCCCCUCGAUAUAGAUAGGCAUUUUGUUCAUGAACGUGCUUUAAAAAAUCUUAAGAUGUGGAAAGUGCAUAAUCCAAUUUCUCGCAUGCUUAUGACGAAAGGAAAAACAUUUAUGUUUGCACGAAAUCCAUACACAAGGUUAUGGUCGGCAUACAUCGACAAGCUUUUUCUUCCUGAUUUUUGGCAUAAAGAUGCUGUGGUAAUUAUUAAUAAACUUCGAUCAAAUGUGACACAAUUUGAAAGAAAGUGUGCAAAUAAUGUUUCAUUUUAUGAAUUUCUUAAAUUUGUCACUAUAACUUAUACAAAAGGAUUGGAUAACCACUGGGAAAGAUUGCACCGGGUAUGUAGCCCAUGCCAUGUUCAGUUCGAUGUCAUCGGUAAACAAGAAACAUUUCGUUUAGACUCCGAGUAUAUAUUAACACGGUUUGGUUUAGAAUUUUUGAAAGAAAAUACAACAGAGCUUGAUAUGACAGGGAUAGAAAUAACAACAAUUUCAAAAUACAAUUUUGAUUUAGAAAAAACAAUUAAACACAAAUGUUUUGACAAAAUUGAUGUUGCUAACAGAUUAUGGAUAGCCUUUCAAUAUAACGGUUAUAUAGACAGACUCACGCCUUUUCCGAAAUCAGAUUUGCUUAAAACUAACUUUCUUGAUAACACAACUGGAAUAUUUACAGAACUUGUGUUUAGAACAAUAAAAUAUCAAAAUAGAUUAGGGAUUAAUGUUAAAAGUCAAAAACGAACGAUGAUGUUAGAGGCAUAUAGGAAUAUACCAAAGCAAUUAUUGGAAGAUAUCGGUCAUGUGUAUGAGUAUGAUUUUGAGUUGUUUGGAUACAAACCACAAUUGUUUGAUGAUUAAAUGUGUCCAUUGGCUGAGGAUAAAACUCAUAUUAAUGCAUCAGUGUUAUUGUGCUCUUAUUGUUGUCUCCCUGUAGCUUCAUUUUCGUUAUCCAAACUGUUUAUAAAACUGAAUAAUAUGAGUUUGUAUAUAUUUCGAUUAGAUCAUAAGAUAUACUUAGCACAAUAUUUAACACAAAAUAUUUUGACAUCUUUGACGGGUGGACCAUUCCCGGGAACUCUGAAUGUUCACGAUAUAGGUUUUUCUGAAAGCAGCAUGGUAAUUGUAAAUGUCCAGGAUAUAUAUAUAUCUUAUACUUAUUCAUAAUGUCAUUUCACGGGAUCUUUGUAUGGGUAUACACCGUGAUUACGAAGUGUUAUUACUUGCUUGUUCAAUACUCAUACUAGGUUAUUGUCAAUAUUGCUAUAGAAGUAUGUUGCAAAUAUCAUAAAUUAUUGAAAAAACAGUUAUUCAACACAAUGUUUCCACUUUCUUUAAACCUUAACUUUUAAACUGAUAUUUUCUAAUAUUUAUGAAAUUACAAUCAUUAUGCUAUGCAGUAACUUGGUACUUAAGCAUCAAACUCUCUACUUGAUUUUAUUGCCUUAGCAAAAGCAAGCACCAUUUACUUACAAUUCAGGACAGGUAAAUUUUGGUAUCAAUUUGAUAGGCAUUGGUUAUAGGUUCUGCGCAUUAGUGUAUUAGGAAGAUAACUUUUGACUUUGGAUAUAGUAAUCUCGUCUACAGAAAGUAUCUCCCCUUUCUCUAAAGAUUUUUUCUUCAAUGUAUCCCACUGCCUUGUCUAGCCCUUCUGAUCUCAUUCAUCAUCUCCUUCCAGUUAAUUUAUUAUAAUUGAUUUUCAUCUUUUAUUGCCUUGUGGGUUUUUAUGAUUAUUAGUUUUAUGAUGAUAUUCCUUCCGUAUUUGCCCGUGUCCCCCGUCCCGUUUGCUGCACUUCUCACCGGUGAUCCUACGUUGGAAUGUCUCUCUUGUUGAUCUUGUUCUUCAUUUAAGUUUUGCGCGUACAUAUAUAUCUAUGUUUUGACAAACACUUAUAUGACAGAAAACAGGCACGGAUAACACACAACCUUUUCCGGAUGCUGCUGUUGUUGUUGCUGUUGUCUGCUUUACAAAAGAUCAAGUCCAAUGUGGUAACCGGAAAGUCAAUCUAAAGUUAGCAUUUCUAUUAGUUUUUGUUUGUGUUCUUUUAAUUUGCACACAUUUGAGAUGAUAAUGAAUAUUUCACUGUUCAAUUUACAUUGAAGGAAAGAAAAAAAUAUAUUAUUUUCUCUAGUAGAAAAUAUUAACGAAGAAAAAAAAAUACAACAUGUAUUAAGGAGAGCAUUUGUAAAUAUAUUUUGUGCAUACCGUAUUGACAUUAAGGAGACCUCAUCUAAAAGACAAUAAAAUGUUUUAAGGAGGCCGGCAUGUUUCAAUUAAGCCACAAAAUAUAAGCAAGCCAGGGAUACAUUGGCUUCAAAAAACCUUAUUUAAAUAUCAGAGGGUUGAAGCGAAACAUAUUUCAAUGUACUUAACUAUAUAUAACUCUCAAUUUUGAAUUGAGGAGACAACUUGUAUCUGGAUUAUUGAUAUAGAAUUUAAUUGACAUGAAAUGUAUUAUGUCAUUCUCAUUCAAAACAAAGGAAACAUCACAUCUAUCUCAAAUAUCUAUCAUGAGAACCUGUGCAUAUAAGUGUCAACAUUUGAUAACAGUUUUAUAUAUCUGUAUAAAACUAGAAUAAUGGCACACGGUAUAAAUAAAAAUAUAAAAAGAAAGUUUGUGUACCUUUAUCUAGUUACAUUUUAAAACAAUGUAACACAUUUCUGAUAUCAACAAAAUAUGAUGUUUGCGUGUACUUACACAAAUGAUAUGUUAAGGAAAUAGCAAACUUACGUUUUACUGUGAUGUAAAUAUUAUUUCAUAUUGAAAUAACAACAAUAUUUGGGAUACAAGCUUUAAGAAAUUUUAAAAUCCCAUGAAUAACAGCACAUAAAAAUAUUUGAGGCAACAGCUCGAUCAUUCAGAUUGAUAUGUAUAAUUCCUGUUAAUGUAAAACAGCUUAUAUACUAUAACAUUUAUUUCUGUCCCUAUAAAGAUAAUAAAGUCAUGGUAGUUAAACCUAACCUAAAGCUGCUAUGUAGAUGAUAAAGUUCAAUAUGAAUGGUGGAUGGACCAAAAUAAUUGGAUAACACGUAUUUGGGAUACCAGCUUAAAGAAAUCUUAAAAUCCCAUGUCCUUAUUAUUUAUUACUCAAAAUAAUAUCAGCAUCUGAUAACAUUUGAAACAAAUUUGUUUACCAUUAAGAUAAACAUUCUUUAUUUGAUAAAUAUCACAAACAAAUUUUGACUUUCAGAGUGUAAGGUUUUUGCUUUGACCUAUUCACCCAGUUUAAAACAGAAGAUGACCCAAGUUCAACUUUGAGACCUGCGAAUUACUUAGAUAAACAGUUUGGCAAAGUUAAUUGAUAUACAUAAGCCUGUGAUAUCUACAGUGUUGACACAAUUUUCAUUAGACUUUAGCUGUUGAUCUACUUUUAAACUAAAUGACCAGACACAAUUUUCAUUAGACUUUAGCUGUUGAUCUACUUUUAUACUAAAUGACCAAUAUGUAAACUUGACCGGCGGUAUGCGAUGACGAUAAAUACUCUGAAAAGGUUAGAUGAAGAUCUCAUCUGAACUGUUAACUCUAAAGUGUGAACUAUUUUUCGAUGUUUUGACCUAGUGACCAUGUAUUUUAAAAGCGAUUACACAUAUUCAAUCGUGACCUGCAUAUCAUUGAGAUAAACAAACUAACCAAAGUACACGAUCAAGAUUUUAGAAUUUAAUAUUGUUCUCAUUUUGCAUGACCUGGUGACUUACUUUUUGACACCAGAUAAACCAUAUUCAAUAUUAACCUGUAUUUCACAAACAUUCAAUCAAAUUUUGACUGAGAUCUCAUUAAAAUAUGUGACUGCUAAAGUGUUAACAAACAAUAUGUUGACAACGAACGAAAAACGCUUGAGCAUUGGCCUAUGCUCCAAAAACUGCCUCAAUCUAGUUCCUGCAACCUAAUCUGCUUCCAUCUGAUUCCUUUCAACUUUUUUAAACUGGUUCCCCUAAUCUUUCUUCGUCUGGUUCACCUCAACUGCUUCCAUUUCCUUUCCCUCAACUUUCUACAUCUUGUUCCCCUCAACUACCUCCAUCAGCUGUCUCUAUCUCGUUUCCUUUAAAUGUCUCAAUAUGGCUCCACUCAACUGCAUCCAUCUCGUUUCCUUUACAUGCAUUCAUCUGCUUCCCCUUAUCUGCCUCCAUCUCGUUCCCUCAACUGUCUCAAUCUGAUUUCCGACAAUUUUCUCCAUCACGUUCCCCUCAACUGCUUCAAUCUGGUUCACCGCAAUUUUCGUCAUUUUGUUCCCCUUUACUGUGUCUAUCUGGUUCACCUAAUGUUGUUCAAUCUGAUUCUCCUCAGCUGCCUCCAUCUGGUCCCACUCAACUGUCUCCAUCUGGUUCCCCUCACUUGCCUUACUUGUGCGUUCGUUUCUACCAACUACAAAACUGAUUAAAUAAAAAGCUUUAAAGCCAACAAUACACUGCCCCUUAAUACGAUUUAUCUACUUGUAAUGUUUCAUGCUGGUGUUUUUACAGUUUUAGAGAUAUCACCAAGAUAAAGAAAAUCUGACAGAUGACAACCCAAUUACUGAAAUGGGUCUGUCUUAUCCAUAUAUAAAUCAAAUCCGUACAUAAAUACAAAUCUGACAACUAAACCAAUAUUUAAUACUUUGACAUUGACUUUCAAGGACAAGGUCUGUUCAACAAUUUAAAAGGGUCUGUCAAAAAUGUGGUUUUGUCAAGAUAUAAAGAUAAUCAAUAUAUUAUGACCAACUCACAGCCAAUUUUAACAAAAUAUCAAUAAAAAUCAAUAUAUUAACUUGAACGAGGUUAAGUUCAUUGACAAAAGCUCAAUUUGAGUUUGAUAUACAAAAAGAUACAUAAAGGCCUACCUAAGAAAUAGUGUGUUGUAAUUUGAAGUCAAUCCAUUCAUUCAUAAGAAAAUCUAUAGCAAAAAAAUGGAAAUAUUAAAAAGCAAAAUAUUCAAACAUUCUAAAGGUAAACAUUGAUAAUUUUCUUAUAACAUUUUCAUUUUGAGAUGUUAACAAUUCAAUAAAUUUUGGUAUAUUUGUUCUUUUUUUUUCAAUAAUAUUUAUCUAUGAGCUGUUUUCUAAAAACCUUGUAUUGUGGACAUUCUAAUAAUACAUGAAAUUCAUCUUCUAGUUUUAAGCAAAUAUUACAUUUUAUUUCAUUGUAAGGAAUUGCUUCAGGUUAAUGCCAUCUUCCAGUUUCAACUUGUAAUCUAUGCGAAGAAGUCCUGAAACGUGAUAAAGAUUUUUUUUUUCAAUAUUAACCAUUGACAGGUAUGAUUUAAAACCAAAAUCACAAAAUAAUACAUAACUUCUUGCUCUUGAUGAAUCUCUUAAAGUUGCAUACCAAUUUUGUAUAAAUGUAUUUGUUAAUCUUUGUUUUACUAUUGCUAAAAUAAAUUUAUAUCACCAACGCCCUGAUUAAUCAAUACUUCAUUGAAACCUAAAUAUUGUAACAAAAACAUAACAGACAUAGCCCCGGACCUUGAAUUUGGUUUAAGUUCUAAAUCUCUACACAUAAGAUCAUAUACAACUUUGACAUAUUUUUUACUGCUUGACUGAACAACUUUUAACCAGUAUUUUAUAACAUUAAUAGCUCUCGUGGUUUUUAAAGAUGCCCUUCCAAGUUCACCAUGGAUAAAAUUGUUUUGUGUUUGUCUUUUAACUCCCAACAACUCCUUACAAUACUUUAAAUGUAUGUUUUCUUAUAUCAAGUAAACCCCAUAUUUGUGAUCCAUAGUUAAGAAUUGGUAAAAUAAGUUUAUCAAAUAAAUCCAGUUUAUGUUUAACUGACAUACAAGGGAAUCUUAUCAGCUCUUUUUCAAGUUUAUACAACGCCUUCAAUGUUUGUCCAGAGAGUGUUUCAAAAGUCAUAUUGAAAGAUCCUCCAACAGAAAAAAACAACGCCUAGAUAUGUAAACUUUUUAACUAUUUCAAUUGACUGACCUUUAUAAUAAAAAUUCAAAUUAUGUCUAAGUCUACCCCCUUUUUAAAAAAUCAAAACCUUUGUCUUUGUACAGUUAACACUUAAUUUCCACCUAUCACAAUAUUUGUCUAAUAAUCUUAAUCUUUUUUGUAAGCCCUCCUCUGUUUUAGACAUAAUCACUUUAUCAUUUGCAUACAAUAAUAAAAAUAUCCUUAAAAUACCUAAGUCAAUACCUUCAAAACCAUGUAACAUAACAUAUUCUUCUAUAUCAUUUAAAUACAUAUAAAAUAGAAACGGCGAAAGGGAUUCGCCUUGUCUUACUCCCAAGUAACAUACAAACUCUUCACUAAUUGUAUUAUUGUAUUUUACUUUUGAUCUUAAAUUCUCAUACAUGGACCUAAUAAUAUUUAUCAUUUUACCUCUCGCUCCAAAUUGAAUUAAUUUAUACCAAAUAACAUCUCUUACCAAAUAAUCAAAAGCUUUAGUGAAAUCUAUAAAAACAGCAUACAACUUUUUAUUAUUAUCUAAUAAAUGUGUUAUAACACCAUGUAAUAUAAAAACAUUAUCAAUAGUGCUCAUGUUUUUUCUGAAACCAGCCUGGGAUUCUAUAUACACAUUGUAUUUUUCAGCCAAUAUAUUUAAACGUCCAUUUAUUACUUUUGUAAAUAUAUGUAGAUAAGGUUAAAUUUAGCCAAGUUCUCUUUUUAGAAUGUUUACGGUAAUAAUUUCCCUUUAAGGCCAAACCAAAUCUAUUGUGGUGUUAUGUGUUCAUGUUUGUCUUUGUACCUUUUGUUAUGAGUGAUUGAACUGGUUUUGCAAGUUGAGUGAUGGAUGAUUGGUUUUGGUAUGCAAGUUAUUUUUAGAUGAUUUGGUUCUGGGAUAUAACAUUUCUUGGUAACUGACCACUCCUUGUCUCGCUUUCGAAGUGAAAACAGCUUUAAAAUAUAGUUUACUGUCAGUUAUUUCUUAAUAGAAAUACUUGCUUAUAUUCAAUUUAUUUACUCAAUUAGAUUUCUUCUAUUACAAGCCUGGUAUGUAUAUUUGUAUAUAUUUAUUUGUGAAAUUGUUUUUAUUGUAAUUUGAAUUGUUGUGUAAUAUUCUGUAAUAUGUAUUUUGUGAAAUGUAUUUGUCUUGUAUUAUAUUUGGUUGUAAUGUGAUGUCUUAUACUUAUAUUAUUUGUUACAGGUUUUAUUCUGUAUUGAAUAAACACAUAUAAACCUCA